AAUCAGACAAAUUCGCGGAACUUGCAAACGCGACUUGCGGCCGUUCGCGUUCGUAGACGUGACUGGGCGGCCUCGAGGUCUUUUUGCUUCCCAUUUUGUCUCGUGUGCGGCACGUCCACUGACGUUUCCGCUGUGCUUAAUCGCAUGGCCGACGUGUGCAUUCCGAAGCUCGCACCCGCGUGGUCUUCACCGUGUCACCGCUAAAAAGGACCUGUCCACUGCACGUCGUCCACAUUGGCCGCCUGCGGGUACGCACGAUUAACGAUUUCUCAAAAAAAAGAGAGAAAGAGAGAGAUAGAGAGAAAGAGAGAGAAAGAAAGAAAAAUUCGUCACACACAGGCCGGUUUCCCAUCGUCUACGUGGGAUCCACAUUGUCCGCCUGUCACCUCGUCCCGUAUCGGGCAAACUAGAGCGCGCGCAAGCAGCGACAAAUCUUCCAGAAUCGGACACACCGUAACGCCGCGACCACGCGUCCUCACGCGCAUCAGCGAUGUCGAACGAAGAGACAUCCGCCGACCGCAAUGUCGAGAUCUGGAAAAUCAAGAAGCUCAUAAAGAGCUUGGAGAUGGCCAGAGGGAAUGGUACAAGUAUGAUUUCUUUAAUCAUACCUCCGAAGGACCAAAUAUCGAGAGUAAGCAAGAUGCUGGCUGAUGAAUUCGGCACAGCAUCAAAUAUAAAAUCUCGUGUAAAUAGAUUGUCUGUUUUGGGUGCAAUCACAUCAGUACAGCAUAGGCUAAAACUAUAUACUAAAGUGCCUCCAAAUGGCCUGGUAAUUUAUUGUGGAACUAUUGUAACUGAGGAAGGGAAAGAAAAGAAAGUUAACAUCGAUUUUGAACCUUUCAAGCCUAUUAAUACUUCUUUAUAUCUUUGUGAUAAUAAGUUUCACACAGAAGCACUCACGGCAUUACUUGCCGAUGACAACAAAUUUGGAUUUAUAGUAAUGGAUGGUAAUGGCGCACUCUUUGGCACGCUACAAGGGAACACACGCGAGGUAUUACAUAAAUUUACUGUGGACCUCCCCAAGAAGCAUGGUAGAGGAGGUCAGUCUGCGUUGCGUUUUGCCCGAUUACGUAUGGAAAAACGACAUAAUUAUGUUCGAAAGGUGGCCGAAGUCGCUACUCAAUUAUACAUCACUAAUGACAAACCUAAUAUUGCUGGAUUAAUUCUGGCGGGUAGUGCCGACUUUAAGACAGAACUUAGUCAAUCUGACAUGUUUGAUCCAAGAUUGCAAGCAAAAGUUAUAAAAUUAGUAGACGUGUCGUACGGUGGUGAAAAUGGUUUUAACCAGGCUAUUGAAUUAGCUGCUGAAUCGUUGCAAAAUGUAAAAUUUAUUCAAGAAAAAAAAUUAAUUGGUCGUUAUUUCGAUGAAAUAUCUCAAGAAACCGGCAAAUACUGUUUCGGUGUAGAAGACACGUUAAGAGCUUUGGAAUUAGGUAGUGUCGAAACUUUAAUUUGUUGGGAAAAUUUAGAUAUUCAACGUUAUGUCCUCAAAAAUCAUACAAAUGCGGAGGAAAAAGUACUUCAUCUAACUCCAGAACAAGAAAAAGACAAAACUCACUUCACUGAUAAGGAGAGCGGGGUAGAGCUGGAACUCGUGGAAUGUCAACCCUUGCUCGAAUGGCUUGCGAAUAAUUAUAAAAGUUUCGGUGCCACCUUGGAAAUUAUCACAGACAAGUCUCAGGAAGGUUCGCAGUUUGUGAGAGGGUUUGGUGGCAUUGGAGGUAUUUUGCGGUACAAAGUGGAUUUUCAAAGUAUGCAGCUGGACGAUAUCGAGAUCGAUAGCUUUGAUUUGGACGACUACUAAGUUCGUGACUCUCAACAAACACUUGAUUCUCUUAGCGUCGCAAGCAGAAGGAAUAUGAAUGUAUGUUCUCUCUUGUUCGAUAUUACAAGAGGGAGGCAUAAACGGGCAUGUUUCCAAAAUUUAAUCACGAUGCUUGCACGUCGCAAUUACUCUCUAGAGUUUACCGGAAAUCAGAUCGUAACCGAUACACACAAGAGAAGAGCACCAGCUGAUAUGGGGCAUACCAGAUGCAAUCCAUGUCUACGAAAGGAAAGGCAAUUCGAAGACUGUGACACUUUAUUAAGCCAGCUUGAUACCUGCCUACUCUCAUUAUAACAUUCUCCACCUUGUAUUACGAUUUUAUGAUCUUUAAUUAUUCAUAGGGAUUCGUUUAAACAACUGAAUUGCACGCUGUACACAUUGCCGAAUGUCGCGCGAAUAUUGUACGGUGAUUCGGUCACGAUUUUUUUUUUUUUUUAUAUUAAAUUGGUAUUUUUGUCAUCUUAUAUCAUAGAUUUUACGAGAAAUGAGUAUUUGAAUUACAAUAGCGGUUGUAGCAUUAUUUUGUUCAGACACAAUCAUGAAAGAAAAGCUAUAAUAAACUGAUUAUAAUAUAAACAUGCAGUUGCGUAUCGUGCAUUCUACACCGAUUUGCAAAAUUCAUAUGGAUAACGAGACGAGUUCUGUAAAUAGAUGUCAAUUUAAAGAAAAAAAAAAAAAAAAGACGGCACCGUUGCCUUAGACAUAAGUUGAGGUCGCGUACACGAUCCACGGAGUAAAUAAGUAUUUCCGUCUUAUGCAGUGAUACACACUUAAAUAAACGUAAGAGCAGAUAAUUCCUCGCAAUUUUACAUUGCUCCAUUGCUGGUUCUUGGCUCUUAGAUUUUUGUACAUUCACACAAGUUGUACAUAAGGAAACGCUUCGCGAGUGUAUCGAAGUUUUCAUUGUUAUAGUGCACUUCACAAUGAAGAGAAAAGAUGAUUCUCUGCAAUACAUAUUUAAAAAACCGCAGUUAUUGAAAAUAUUACGAAAUUUAUUUUAACACUGUUAAUUUAAUUUUGCUUAUUCGUACGAUGCCUUUGUAAUAAAUAAUGUAUGUAUAAAUGUGGAAAGAGUGUAACGUGCAAUUUUGGUGAAGUAUUCUUUACGAAAGAGUGUGUAGAGAGAGAGAGAGAGAGAGAGAGAGAAAGAGAGAGAAAGAAAGA